GCGCUGAUGGCUGUCCUGGGCAACCUGGACUGGCCCAGGUACUUGGUCCUUACGAUCCCUUCCAACCCAAGCCAUCCUGUGCUUCUGUCUGUGAAAUCUCAACCUGGGAUCUGGGGCAACAGCUUUUAGGCUGCUCGGGGAAGUAGUUAGUGAGGUCCCCUGGGAAGCUGCUAUUUGGAGACACAGCAGUGGGGCCGGGAGCCAAGGACUGGGCAGUCAGUCACCAGGCAGUGGUCGCGAAUGCAGAGCCAGCACUCCUGUCAGGGUCCUGGAAGAGAGCAAACCUGCAAAUUGGGAAGUGGGAACCUUCCAUGAGCUCUACCAGCGGCACAGCUCCUGCGAGGCCAGCCUCUGCCUUUGCCCAGUGGGACUGCACUAGUCUCUGAACAGGGGGUGAGUGUGCCUCAGUGUGCCACAACCCAAACCUUCCAGCCCUGCCUUGCAGCAAGGGCCAUGGCACGGACAAGGCCUGUAUGGGUGCCGUCCCCACCCCAAAAGAAGGGACGUGUCUCUGAGGAGGAGGAAGGGUGCAGGCUGUGCCAGCGGGCAGAGCACGACCCUGACAUCUACGGAGACACGUGCCGUCAGGACGGGCUCUGCGUCCAUGAGAACUGCCUGUACCACGCCAGCGGGCUGUACCAGCGCGGCGCUGACGAUGAAGGAUUCUUCGGAUUCCUCUUCCCUGACAUCGAGCAGGAGCUGCAGCGCGUGGCACAGAAGGUGAAUAGGGCGACGUGUCCCCACCUCGUCCCCUGUGCCACGUGGCUGGGGAGACUCCAGCAGAGCCCUCCUUGUCCAGAAAGACCCAUCGCUGCACAAAUCAGAACUGAUUAG